AGUUCCCUUAGCCAAACAAGUCGUCCAAGAGUGAGAUAUAGAAUUGAAUUUAUACAAGUUCCUUAAGACGUAAAAGCAUAUAUUAUCGAAGAAAAAUGUCUUGCUGUGGAGGAACAUGCGGAUGUGGCUCAGCUUGCAGUUGUGGCAGCGGCUGUGGCGGAUGUGGUAUGUACCCUGACCUUGGUUUCGCAGAGAAAACCACCACUCAGACCAUCAUUGCUGGGGUUGCACCAGUCAAGAUGCACUCUGAGGGAUCGGAGAUGAGCUAUGGAGCAGAGAAUGGUGGCUGCAACUGUGGCUCAGACUGCAGCUGUGGCUCUGACUGCAAAUGCGGCAAAUGAAUAUGAAAGCUGGAGAAAGCAACCAUUGUCAAUUUAAAUAAGAAAAAUGAAUACAAAAGUUAGCAUGGAGUAUUUGUGACUCUGGUUGGGUGAUCUUUAUGAAUAAAACUUUUACUGUAAAAUAAGACAGCUAUGGAGUUCAUUUGGGAUUUGUGGUUUAAUUAUCCAUGGCUACCCUUUGUACCCUUUCCUCAGCUUAUAUAAAUUAUGUUUUGUCUC